CCGUUUGACCAAUCCAGCGAGGCUGUGUCUGCCAGUGAAGGGGAUAGACUCUCAGUCGCCCGAGAAAGUGGCCGCCCCGGCAGAGGCCGAGGACGCGGCAAGACGAAGGCACACACCGCAUCUAGCCCCGGGCCCGGUGCAACAGCUCAGACAGGCCCAUGGUCCCAGUAUGGCAUCCCCGAGCAAGCAUUCAAAGCGCGCGAGAGAUUCCACUAUUGCCUUUGGUGCAACAGCGAUCUUCAUCAGACGCAGGUCUGCCCAUUGAAAGGCAAGGGCAAACAGGGAAACUGAGCACCGCCGAGAGUGAUUCGACAACACUCUCAACACCUCUGGAACCGGUUUCUUCGCGAGUAACCGGCCUUCAUUCUGAGGCGCAGGCGGAAGUCGAUAGUCCUCUUCUUCUACUUUCUUUUGAGGAUUAUGCUGCGCGGCUCGUUUCUACGCUGGGUACUCAAGCUCAAGGACAAGGAGUGUGUGCGGUUUCUUCUCCGUCCGGCAACGGCGACAUAUCGUCUUCAAGUGGUUCAUCACGGGAUUCGGCACGCGAGUUCAACAUAGAGGCAUUGGGCCCGCUCACGUCUGAGGACUUUGCAUGGCUUCCUCUCCCGACCACAGGCCGCUUGCCGGGACCGCAAUGCGCAACACUUAGCGCUCAUCUCCACACUUACUUAUCCUUCUAUGCACCACCAACUUCGCCGACGGAUGACGAAGUCGAGGUGGGGGACAUCCUGGCGUAUACUACCAAGGUGGCCCGCGAGUUUCGCAAUCAGCGGAACGAUGACAACAACGCACCGCUCAUGUAUGUCCGCAUUCAGGUUGGGCAAGCGUCCUGCAGCGCUUUGCUGGAUAGCGGCGCGUCUCGCAAUUUCAUGAGCCUGUCCUUUAUGCAAAAGGCUGGCCUUGGCGCACAAGUUCGGAGGAAGGCAAACCCGACGGCGAUCAAGUUGGCGGAUGGAAARACGCAACAACUUCUCGACCGUUACAUCGAGGCUGUACCGGUCUACUUCGCACCUCAUGCAUGCGAACCGGUGACAUUCGAUAUUCUCGACAYGGACUUCGACAUCAUUCUGGGAAUGCCUUGGCUUGCAAGUGCRGAUCACACGACCAACUUCCACCGGCGGACUCUUCGCGUUCGCGACACCUUCGGCGCGGAAGUGGCGUGUACUAUUCCUCUACUGCACCCUUCGAUCCAGUGCCAAGUGGUGACGGCCAAAUCAUUCCGGGCGACUUGCGCUUACGAGCAGCCCGAGGAGAUCGGCCUAUGUUUUCUACGGACCGUCGCGGUUGCCAGCUCUUCACCCACGGACUUGUCUUCGGACCCCCGUGUGGUACGGUUGCUGGACCAGUUCGCURACAUCUUCGAGUCACCUACCGGUGUGGUGCCGGAUCGGCCUAUCUCUCACGAGAUCAUUCUUGAGGCCAGUGYCGUGCCGCCGAAAGGUUGCAUCUAUCGGAUGAGCGAGGAGGAACUUGAGGUCCUCCGCGCACAACUCGAUGAUUUGUUGGUCAAGGGUUGGAUCCGCCCUAGCAGCUCCCCAUAUGGAGCACCAGUUCUCUUCGUCAGGAAGAAGAACAAGGAUCUACGAGUGUGUAUCGACUACCGCAAGCUCAACGCGCAAACCGUCAAAAAUGCGGGGCCUCUUCCUCRCAUCAACAAUCUUCUUGAGCGAUUGGGCGGCGCAAAAUAUUUUUCCAAGUUGGAUUUGAAAUCCGGAUAUCAUCAAAUCUCCAUCCAGCUGAACGNAGUUGGAUUUGAAAUCCGGAUAUCAUCAAAUCUCCAUCCAGCUGAACGACUGCUACAAGACCGCGUUCAAGAUGCGGUACGGGCAUUUCGAGUGGGUGGUCAUGCCUUUUGGCCUCACCAACGCCCCGGCGACCUUCCACCAGCAAUGACCAAUGAAUUCCGUGCAAUGUUGGACUGGUUCGUGCUGGUCUACUUAGACGAUAUUCUCGUCUAUAGCCGGUCAUUGGAGGAUCAUCUUGGGCAUCUUCGACGAGUGUUGGAGACGCUCCGCCUCGCCAAGUACAAGGCCAACCGCGACAAGUGUGAAUUUGUCCGGCAGGAGCUGAAAUACUUGGGCCAUUUCGUCACACCGGAGGGCAUCAGUCCGCUAUCGGACAAGAUUCAGGCCGUCCAAGCGUGGCCGGAGCCUCGGAACGUCACAGAUGUCCGCUCGUUCCUCGGUCUCGCCGGCUACUAUCAGCGCUUCAUCAAAGGCUACUCGAAGAUCGCGGCCCACUUGAACAAGCUUCAAUGCGAGGAUCAACCGUUUGAGUUCGGAGAGGAGGCGCGGGGAUCAUUCUUCGCUCUGAAAGCCGCGCUAUUGUCUGCUGAGGUCUUGCGGAUAUACCACCCGCUCUUGCCUACGCGCGUCACUACGGAUGCGUCAGGCUAUGGAAUUGGUGCAGUCCUUGAGCAACAUGACGGUGUGGACUGGCACCCGGUCGAAUACUUCAGCAAGAAAGUGCCCAUUGUGCAUUCCAUUGAUGAUGCACGCAAGAAGGAGCUCCUCGCCUUCGUCCACAYGCUCAAGCGGUGGCGWCACUUCCUCCUUGGUCGAAGCCAAUUUCGCUGGGUAACGGACAACAAUCYGUUGGUAUUUUACAAGACCCAAGACACCAUCAACAGCACCAUCGCUCGAUGGAUGGCUUUCAUCGACCAGUUCGACUUCUUUCCCGAUCACAUUCCCGGGAAGUUGAACCGUUUUGCGGAUGCUCUUUCACGGCGUCCCGAUCAUUGUACGCGGUCUACUCAACCUUCGAGAUCGACGACGACCUGCGGAACAGUUUCAUCCGCGGCUACCAGGCCGACCCCGAGUUUCGUGACAGAACAGAUGCAGAAGGCACAAGCGGCUAUGAUCGAAUCUGCAAACAAACACCGUUGUGAGUCUUCAUGUCAGGUUGGGGACAGAGUUUGGGUUAAGUCCUCAGAACUGGGGCAGAGGCACGGGAUCUCCCGCAAGCUCAUGCCACAGUACUUUGGACCAUGGGAAGUCUUAGAUAUUGUGGGGACUGAACCGGAUGGACCUUCUUACGUAAUCCGCAUCCCUGGUCAUCGCCGUACUUACUCUGUCUUUCACGCCUCCAAGCUGGCACCUUUCAAAGAGACUGAUCAGUUUCCAUCUCGUCGUUCAAUGCUGCCCCCAACCAUGGACGGAGAGGUGGACAUCGAUGACAUCGUGGAUCACAGAGAGCUGCCGGUAUCAAGACCAACAGGCAGGGGACGUCCUCCGAAACCGAAACUGCAGUACCGCAUUCGGUUCCGGCAUGACACUGACUUGAAGGAGGACCGCUGGUUCACAAGGGAGGAACUCAUGCAGACCGCUCCGCAAGUGGUAGCCCACUACAAGAAAUCUCUGCAGAAAGGAAAGCGCCYGAWGGUCAAGGACUGMGCUUUUCAGAGGRCUGUAGAAGCUAAGGAGGAGGGAAUGCGAGGGCACUGUCUCUAUGAGCCCCAAUCGGCCCCUUCUGGGGAGCCUGUCGGCCGCCCUAAGUGAAGGCAGGCUCGACGAGGCCCCUCGGGGCCUUAUUUCGGCCCAUGCGCAACU